AUGACAGGCGUUACACGAUACUAUGACUUCACUGUUGCCCGGGGAACAUAUGCUCCCGAUGGAGUGCAGCAAGCCAUGAUUGUCGUCAAUGGGCAGUAUCCAGGUCCCUUGAUCGAGGCAAACUGGGGUGACUGGAUCGAAGUGAAUGUUCACAAUCAAAUCUGGGGUCCCGAAGAGCCAACCUCGAUACAUUGGCACGGCCUGAACCAGCCUGGAACUCCAUACUACGACGGAGUCGUCACUGUGUCCCAAUGCCCCAUCGUUCCCGGUGGAAAUCUGACCUACAGAUUCCGUGCGGAUGAGUAUGGUACUUCUUGGUGGCACGCGCAUUACUCAGCCCAGUACUCUGCUGGAGUCGUCGGGCCGAUUGUCAUCCACGGUCCCAACGACGCUGGCUACGAUGUUGACCUCUACCCGAUUCUUGUGUCAGAUUGGUUCCACGAUACCUAUGAGGAUAUUGUCAACUUGGUCAUGUCUCCCAGCACCUCGGGCCAACCAUUCCGACCGUUCUCAGACUCCAACCUCGUGGCGGGCGUCGGCCAAUAUCCUUGCGCAAAUGUCACCAACGGGGCUCCUUGCUCCGUUGUCCCCUAUGCAUCGUGGGAAUUCGAGUCCGGCAAGACGUACCGUUUGCGGUUCGUCAAUACAGGCGCCGCGGCAUUCGAGACCAUUUCGAUCGAUGGACACGAGUUGACGGUGAUUGCCAAUGACUUUGUCCCAGUACAGCCUUAUCAGACGCAAUUUGUCACCAUCGGCGUCGGUCAACGAGUCGAUGUUCUUGUCACGGCCAACCAGGCCCCCGGUAGCUACUGGCUCCGCGCCUUCAACAGCCCCUGCGGCGACACGAACGGACCUUUCGGACAGGGCAUCAUCUACUAUUCGGGAUCAGACCCCAGCACGCCUCCUACAAGCACUGGCGCUCAACCGCCCAUGAACACGAAUUGCCAGAACGACCCCCUGGCGAGCACGGUUCCGCAGUACCCCAUCGCCGCGGCAAACCCAGACACCACCAUCACGCUCACGAUUUCCGGCGCUCCAGACGCUACGGGUGUCUUCCUCUGGAUGAUCAACGGGGUCAGCUACGACGGGGAUCUCUCGAGCAGCCUGCUCGCCGAGGCGAUCUCGGGCCAGACGGAGUUUGCACCACAGUACAACGUGUACAACACGGGCACCAACGGCACGGUGCGCAUCAUCAUCAUCAACACCACUCCCGCGCCUCACCCCAUGCACAUACACGGGCACGACUUCCAAGUGCUCGCCGAGGGCUUCGGCACGUGGGACGGCACCGUCACCAACCCGUCCAACCCGCAGCGUCGCGACGUGCACAUGCUCUGGGCCCAGGCGACUCCCGACAACCCGUCGUACAUUGUGGUGCAGUACACACAGGACAACGCGGGUCUGUGGCCCUUGCACUGUCACAUCGCGUGGCACCUGUCGGCGGGCAUGGUGAUCAUGCUGCUCGAACAUCCCGAACAGCUCACCUCCCUCCAGAUCCCCGACAGCGUCUCGCAAACCUGCCCGGCCUACACGACCUGGUACGCAGACAACCCGGGCGUCGUGGUCGACGACUCGCUGCGCAAGCGCACCCUGGGCGAGAAGAUGGUCGAGUACAUGAAAGGCGCCGCCGGCGAGCACGCCGCCCGCCACCUCGACAAACACCGCAAGCGCGGCGUCCGCGGAUACCGCGGCUACGGCCACAACGCCACCGUCGAGGAUUUCCCCAGCCACGGCCAGUUCAAGGGCAAUGCGUCCGCACAACACGGUCACGGCCACGGUACCGGUGCCGGUUCUGUGAGUUCCAGCACCAGCAGCCACUCCGGCAAGCCUUCUUCGCACACCCCGUCCUGGUCCACACGGUCGCAGACGGGCACCGUGGGCAAGAACCUGGUCCAUGAGGGCAAGAGCACCGGCAAGCCCGGAAGGAAGAGGGAUGAGGUGUAA